AUCCCUGCACCCUUUCCUUCUCCUUCUUCGCACUCUCCAGAGGACAAGACGAGGCAAAAGGGAUCGAAAGAAGAAAGAAAGAAAGAAAACAAAGGAGGACCUCCGAAAACCCUAAAGCUAUGGCGGAGCUCCUCCCUCCCCGAUCGGCAACGGAUCUCUUCGGCGAUCCCAUCGAAUCCCAGCCCCUCUGGUUCAAGGCCUCCUCCUUCCACCGCCCGGACUUCGACCCAGAGUCCUACAUCGCCGACCUCCGCUCCUUCGUCCCCCUCGAGAGCCUUGCCGCCGAGCUCCGCGCCCACCUCUCCUCCCUUAAGGCCGAGCUCGUCGACCUCAUCAACCGCGACUACGCCGACUUCGUCAGCCUCAGCACCCGCCUCGUCGAUGUCGACUCCGCCGUCGCCCGCAUGCGCGCCCCCCUCGCUGAGUUCCGCGACAAGGUCGCCGCCUUCCGUGCCGUCGUCGACUCCUCCCUCUCCAACCUCCGCAGCGGCCUCCGCCAGCGCGCCGAGGCCUCCGCCGCCCGCGAGAUCCUCGAGCUGCUGCUUGACACCUUCCAUGUCGUCUCCAAGGUGGAGAAACUCAUCAAGGAAUUACCAACUACAGCGUCUGAUUUGUCAAGUGCAGACAUAGCAUCUAUAGAGAAGAACUCUCCAAACAGUGGAAAUUCUUUGCAACACAUAGAAAGUGGGGCAAAUCUCAGAGAGACUCAAAGCAUUCUUUUGGAAAGAAUUGCUAGUGAGAUGAAUCGGCUUAAAUUCUAUAUUACUAAUGCAAAGAACCUCCCCUUCAUUGAGAACAUGGAGAAGAGGAUCCAGAAUGCUACAUUAUUAUUGGAUGAUAGCUUAGGUCAUUGUUUUGUGGAUAGCCUAGAGCAUCGAGAUGCAAAUGCAAUCUACAACUGCUUACGUGCAUAUGCUGCAAUUGAUAACACCUCAGCAGCUGAGGAGCAUUUUCGCACAACUAUCGUGUCUCCCUUGAUUCACAAAAUUAUUCCCUAUAGCCACUCUCAGGUGGUUGGUUCGUCAGAUGGACUUCAGGAGGAUUAUCACAAUAUAAUGCAAUGCAUUGAGAAGGAUUGCAAAUUUAUACUGGAAAUAUCAUCAUCAGCAAAUUCGGGUUUACAUGUUUUUGAUUUCCUUGCAAAUUCCAUACUUAAGGAGGUCCUUUUUGCUAUUCAAAAGGGGAAACCCAGGGCAUUCUCUCCUGGAAGACCUACAGAGUUUCUAAAGAACUAUAAAUCAAGCUUGGGUUUCCUCACAUUUCUUGAAGGUUACUGUCCAUCCAGAUCUGCAGUGGCAAAAUUCCGAUCAGAGGCUGUUUAUGUGGACUACAUGAAACAGUGGAAUGUUGGGGUCUAUUUCUCACUAAGAUUUCAAGAGAUUGCUGGUGCCCUGGAUUCUGCUUUAAUGGUUGCUACAAUUACCCCAGCUGAAAACUUGCAUGGUAAUCAAGGGAAACACCAGAAACUGGCAUUGAAGCAAAGUGUGACAUUGCUGGAAAGCUUGAGAGCCUGCUGGGGUGAUGAUGUUCUUGUUCUUUCUUACUCUGAUAAGUUCCUUCGGUUAUCUUUGCAGCUUAUCUCUAGAUACUCAACUUGGUUGUCAUCUGGUCUACUUGCUCGCAAGGCACAUGGUGCUAGCUCAAACCCCACACCAAACUCUGAGUGGGCUAUAUCUGCACAUGUGGAAGAUUUUGUUUAUGUAAUGCAUGAUGUAAAUUUUCUGGUUGGUGAGCUUUCUGGUGACUAUCUUGGACAUGUACUUCAACUUCUUGAGUCCUGCUCAGCCGACUUACUUGAUCUUGUAAAACAAAGCAUUUUGCAAGCUGGAAAAUCUUUGGAGGAUUUGUUACCUCUUGUAAUGGAUACAGUGAUCGAGGCCAUUGUUGAGAAAUCUAUCGAGGACCUCAGGCAGCUGAAAGGAAUCACAGCAACAUAUAGGAUGACUAACAAACUUCCUGUGAGGCAUUCUCCGUACGUGUCUGGGAUUUUAAGGCCACUGAAGGCAUUUCUUGAUGGAGAGCAUGUGGCAUGCUUAACUCAUGAUGCAAGAAAUGAACUACUCUAUGGCACCACAAAAAGAAUCACGAGUCGUUACUAUGAACUGGCAUCAGAUCUCGUCAGCGUGGCAAGGAAAACAGAAUCUUCACUGUUAAGAUUACGGCAAGGUGCACAACGACGAGUUGGAGCAAGCUCCGAUGCCUUGGACAACAAUAUAUCUGAUACAGAAAAGAUCUGCAUGCAGUUAUUUCUCGACAUUCAGGAAUACGGGCGCAACCUUGCUGCAAUUGGUAUUAAAGCAGCUGAUAUUCCAGCCUACAGGUCCUUGUGGCAGUGUGUUGCUCCAGAAGAUAAGCAAACACAGUUUGUUUUCUGAAGUAACCACAUCGAGCUAUAUUUGGUGCAUGUCAUAGAGAUUCUGAGUAAAGCAACAGAAGGCCUGGAUGAUUCACCUACCAUCAGGUGCUCCACAACUGUAAGGUUUCCAUCUUCCACAGCAAAAUUAUUGGGGCUAUGUGAUCCCAGCAAUUUGGAUUCUGUGAACUCAUUGAGUUUUCUAUUGUUUGAUAUAUGUCCAUUCUGUUGAUUUCCCCUCUCCCUAUUCCAGACCCUGAGAGAUGGGUGGUUUGGAUUCAAAAGGAUCUGAAAAGUGAGAAUAUAAACAGAGGAUUUCUUGUUCAACUGAAGAUGUUCUGGGUAUUUGCAACAUGUUUGUAUACAUUAGAUGCUUGGCAAACUGGUGAUCCCUGGCUUCUGGACAGGUAGGGGUGAUAUAGAGGUAAUACCAUUGGGAUGUUAAUUUCUGGAUAGGCUAUUUGUGAUGUCCUCAUAAAUUGCCUAAAUCCUCGAGGAGAUGAACUCAAAACUUGUUGCAGUUGCUCGUCAUUUUUCAAAUAGAUUAAGUCAGAUGAGCACAAUUGUCAUCUCUCUUACAAA